GGGGAAGACAGUCUGCGACACGCGCGGCCCGGGCAGCGGCUCCGCGCCCCGGCCGCGCCCCGCGCUCACCCCGCUCUGUCCCGCAGGCACCAUGCCUGCUCUCAGGCCUCUCGUGAAGCCCAGGAUCGUCAAGAAGAGAACCAAGAAGUUCAUCCGGCACCAGUCUGACCGCUAUGUCAAGAUCAAGCGCAACUGGCGCAAACCCAGAGGCAUCGACAACAGAGUGCGCCGGCGCUUCAAGGGGCAGAUCCUGAUGCCCAACAUCGGCUACGGCAGCAACAAGAAGACAAAACACAUGCUGCCCACGGGCUUCAGAAAGUUCCUGGUCCACAAUGUGAAGGAGCUGGAAGUGCUGAUGAUGAGCAACAAGUCGUACUGUGCAGAGAUUGCCCACAACGUGUCCUCCAAGAACAGGAAGGUGAUUGUGGAGAGAGCAGCCCAGCUCGCCAUCAAGAUCACCAACCCCAACGCCAGGCUGCGCAGCGAGGAGAACGAGUAGCAGCUCUGCAGCACAGGUGUAUUUAAUAAAGCCUCUCUUUACUAAA